CGGCGGCGGUAGCAGCAGCAUGGCCGCUCUCUAUGGGGGUGUAGAGGGUUUGUCAAGAUAUUGUUUUGGAUGUUGAAUCUACCACUUCACAUGCAUUGACUACUGUUUGAAACUUCGUGUCUUCUUUGAAUCCAAUGAGAAGGUCUUCAGUGUCCUCUCCUAAGACAUUCCUAAAAGUACUGAUCCAUAAGGAAACACACAUCCCAUCACCACAGAUCUGCCUCUAAACUACCAUUUUCCCCAGUAAUCAGCAUUGGAGGGUUUAAUUGAUUGUGUGUAAAUUCUCCCUGCCAUCUGGGGAGGCACACGGUCCAAGGUCCUUUUACUUUCCGAGGAUGGGCAGAUCCUGGCAGAAGCAGAUGGACUGAGCACAAACCACUGGCUGAUCGGGACAGAAAAAUGUGUGGAGAGGAUCAACGAGAUGGUGAACAGGGCCAAACAGAAAGCAGGGGUGGAUCCUCUGGUACCUCUGCGAAGCUUGGGCCUAUCCUUGAGUGGUGGGGAGCAGGAGGAUGCACUGAGGAUGCUGACGGAGGAGCUGAGGGACCGAUUUCCCUACCUGAGUGAAAACUACUUUAUCACCACGGAUGCUGCAGGCUCCAUCGCUACAGCUACACCAGAUGGUGGCAUCGUGCUCAUCUCUGGAACUGGCUCUAACUGCAGGCUCAUCAACCCUGAUGGCUCCGAGAGUGGCUGCGGCGGCUGGGGCCACAUGAUAGGAGACGAGGGCUCAGCCUACUGGAUUGCACACCAAGCAGUGAAAAUAGUGUUUGACUCCAUCGACAACCUAGAGGCGGCUCCUCAUGAUAUUGGUUAUGUCAAGCAGGCCAUGUUCAACUAUUUCCAGGUGCCAGAUCGGCUAGGAAUCCUCACCCACCUGUACAGGGAGUUUGACAAAAGCAGGUUUGCUGGGUUUUGCCGGAAAAUUGCCGAAGGUGCCGAGCAGGGAGACCCCCUUUCCCGCUACAUCUUCAGGAAGGCUGGGGAAAUGCUGGGCAGACAUAUCGUAGCAGUGCUGCCCGAGAUUGACCCGGUCUUGUUCCAAGGGAAGAUUGGCCUCCCCAUCCUGUGUGUGGGCUCUGUGUGGAAGAGCUGGGAGUUACUGAAGGAAGGUUUCCUUUUGGCGCUGACCCAGGGUAGAGAGAUCCAGGCUCAGAACUCCUUCUCCAGCUUCACCCUGAUGAAGCUGAGGCACUCCUCCGCCCUGGGUGGGGCCAGCCUAGGGGCCAGGCACAUUGGGCACCUCCUCCCCAUGGACUACAACGUCAAUGCCAUUGCCUUCUAUUCCUACACCUUUUCCUAGGGGACUGGUCCUAGAUCCUCCCAUUCUAAGCCUAGUGGACAUUGGGUGCUAGAAAGGAGGUCUUUUCUUUUUUAAAAACACAUAUAGAAGAAAAUAAAUGCACUCUGCCCAUUCCCCAAUUGGA